GAAGAAGAAGAAGAAGAAGGAGGAGGAGAGACAUCAGGAGAUUAGUGCUAUUUGUGAGAUACAGUAAUGAAUUAUGGUUUAUAACAUAAUAUUUGACAUUGAACAUAAUUAAACGAAACAUUUACUGGGGAUACAUUUUACUUUCUGCAGUACUUCAUCUCUUUCUGCAUCUUUUCCUUUCCUUCACACCGUAAUGUAAUGUUGAGCUUAGGUAUUUAGCAAAAACAGUCUGCUGGAUACUUUACGUCUCUGAUCAAGCUGAAUCUGUAAGUUAUCAUGUCUAAACACAGGACGAAAAAGCUCAUCAUUGAAGAUGAUGAGCCAAAGCAAGAUGAGCUGAAUCCGUUUUCUUUCAAGGAGUUCGUCCGAUACAAGAACCAGCAGUCUUGUACUACAGAAGCCACAGAGGUGUGUGGUGGAGCAUUCAACGUCGAACAGGAUUAUAACACCUCCAUAGAUUUUGCCACGAAGGGGCCGUUCUUCUCAGACCCGUCUGCGCUCUGUCAGCCUUCUGAAAACGAACCUGAGGAAACAUGGAUUGAAAGCUGCCGCCCAUCAGCCCUUGAUGGUUCUCAUGACUUCGAACUAUCUGGUACUUUAGACCUCAGUGCUUUCUCUGAGCAGUCAUCUCUCUGCAGUGAUGAGAGGGGAGCACAUGUAACUGAAUGGGAACUGUGUAAUUCUGACUUCCUGCCAAAGAGCCACUUAGCUAGAAGAAGCACAGGAAGCUAUGAGGGUGAUGAAGAGACUUCAGUGAUUGACAUUUCCUUCCAUCCGAAGAGGAGUAAUGCUGAAAAUGGCACAAAGAAUCCCCAACAGCUUAGAGAAGAGAAUUCUCUACUCAGAAAGCAAGUCAAAGAACUCCUUAGAAGGUCAGAAUCUGACUCCAAAAGGAUCAAACAACUGACGGAUGAGUUGCACAACAAGAAGUUGCAGGAGGAGAGAGAGGCUAAGGCUUUGGAGACAAUGGUGCAGUCAGUAGAACAAAACCUUGAGUUAAUGACGAAGCGAGCAGUCAAAGCUGAAAAUAGUAUUUCAAAAUUGAAACAAGAGAUACAACAACUCCAGGGUCAGCUUGAAGGAUAUAAAAGUGAAAAUGAGAGGCUAAGAUAUGGAGAAACUACAGCCUUAACUACAAUGAGACACAAUGCACAAGUGGCCUCUGAGUACCUUAACAAAGCAGCUCAAGAUGCAGAGACUUCUAUUAAGCAGCUGCUGUCAGGAAGAGAGACACUGUGUUAUGUUUCCCAGUUAUUGACAUCUAUUGACAAGAUCACCGAGAUUCAUGAUUGACUUUCUCUUUAAACAUCAUGUUCUGUACUCUAUAGACUCACUGCAUUUGCAUGGUACAUCGUUUAUUUUGUUCAUCCACUUCAUUAAAAUCAUGUUUAGUUUAUAGAAAAUAACAAAAUGAGGUGUGAUGGGCCAAAUGAUUAACAAAAUAAGCUCUAGCAGGAACCAAAUAAAAAAAGUGUACCAAAUAGUGCCUUGGAUUCUCACCAAAAUCAAAGAUCUAUAUUGUAGUAGAGUAUGGGGAAACAAUAUUUUCAAAAACGUUUUGCACUUUUAUUAAACAAUGAGUCAAGUCACUUCUUAAAAUACUAUAGCAGAUUAUUAACCAGAUUUUGUUUUAUGAUAUAUAACUUAACAUAUUUGAUAUGUUCUAAAUAUGUUCUAAAUUACAACAUUUUAAGUAUUUGUUUAUUUAAAAAUACUUUACUAAUCAAUACUGGAUUGUGUGCCUUAUAUUCAUAAUGCUCUUUAUUGAUUUAAUAAAGAAGAUUAUUU